AUGUCAUCAUCCACAUCCAUAAGUCGAAUGAAACUUGUUACUGAUCAUGAAUAUUUCGAACCGUAUCCAACAGUCAAACAUUGGCUUAAGAAAAAGAUCAAUAUUCCAAAACAAACAAUUAAAGAUUACUUCCUAGCCUAUUUACCAUUUCUCGAUUGGAUUUCUCGAUAUAAUCUAGCAUGGUUUUCGGGUGAUCUUAUAGCCGGGUUGACAGUCGGCGCUAUCGUUAUUCCGCAAGGCAUGGCAUAUGCUGGACUAGCUAAAUUGGCGCCUCAAUUCGGUUUGUAUAGUUCAUUUAUUGGCGUAAUGAUCUAUUGGUUUUUUGCUACGAGCAAGGAUAUUAGUAUUGGACCCGUAGCAGUCGUAUCAGUAUUAACGGGUAGUGUUGUUGAUGGUGUACGUAGAGAUCAUCCGGAAUAUGAAGCACAUGUUAUUGCAUCGGCUUUAGCUCUUAUUUCUGGUUGUAUUAUUUCUGCUCUCGGAAUAUUUCGUCUUGGUUUUAUCGUUGAUUUUAUUCCAUUACCAGCUUUAGCAGCAUUUAUGACUGGUUCAGCAUUGAAUAUCCUUAUGGGACAAAUACCCGUAAUGAUGGGCAGCAAUAAAUAUAUGAAUACACGUGAAUCGGCCUAUUUAGUUUUUGUACAAUUUUGGAAACAAAUAAAGCAUUGUAAUCUGAAUGCCGCACUUGGUUUAACAUCACUCGUUUUACUUUAUUCAAUACGCUUUAUUUGUAUUCGUGCUAGCCGACGUUUUCCAAAACGAGAAAAAAUCUUUUUCUUUAUUAGCACACUACGUGUUGUAUUUGUGAUUCUUCUCUUUCUUUUCAUUUCGUGGCUAAUCAAUCGUCAUGAUUCCGAGCAUCCACGCACAUCUAUACUCGGUCAAAUUCCACGCGGCUUUCAAAAUAUAGGUAUACCACACAUUGAUCGAACACUAUUAAGUGCUUUUGCAUCGUCUAUACCUACGACAGUUAUUGUUCUUGUUAUUGAACAUAUCCCCAUCGCUAAAUCAUUCGGUCGAAUUAAUAAUUAUGCUAUAGAUGCUAAUCAAGAAUUGAUUGCUAUCGGUGUAACAAAUAUUUUUGGGCCUUUUUUUGGUGCUUAUCCUGCAACAGGUGGAUUUUCACGCACAGCUAUCAAGUCGAAAGCAGGUGUACGAACACCUUUAGCAGGCUUAUUUAGUGGACUAUUGAUUAUUUUAGGUAUUUAUACGUUAACAUCGAUGUUCUAUUGGAUUUCAAAAGCAUGUCUAGCUGCUGUAAUCAUACAUGGUGUUGGUGAUUUAAUUAUUGGACCAAAAACUUUGAAAGGUUUUUGGCAAGCUAGCCCCGUUGAGUUUUUUAUCUUUUGGAUUGGAGUUAUUGUUACAAUAUUUUCUACGAUUGAAAUCGGAAUUUAUGCGACGGUUAUUUGUUCAGGUUCUCUACUACUAUUUCGUAUAGCAAGAGCACGUGGUGAAUUUGUUGGUCGAAUUCAAAUUCGGCAAGUGAAACUAACACCUACUGGCAGUACUCACAUAACAAAUCGAAAUAUCUAUGUACCCCUAAAUCAUUCCGAUGGUACAAAUCCGACGAUUAUUCCAGUAUCGCUUGGUAAUGGCAUAUUUAUCUAUCGAUUAAAUCAAAGUUUUCUGUAUCCAAAUGCUAAUCAUUAUGUAGAAUGUUUAGUCGAACACGUUCUUCAAGAAACUAAGCCAGGCAAAUCUAAUGUGUAUAGGUCACUUGGUGAGCAACCGUGGAAUUUAAAGACUAAUCGUCGCCGUCGACAAGCCGGUCAAGAGCAGGAUGAUCGACGUCCACACUUACAUGCUUUAAUUCUAGAUUUCACUGGUGUCGCUCAUUUGGAUAUAACUGCUCUUGAAAAUCUGGUUGAUGUUCGUCGUCAAUUAGAUUGCUAUGCUGAUAAGACAAUUAACUGGCAUUUUGUUGGCUUAUCGAACCCUUGGAUAAAACGUACGCUUAUUUCAGCUGGUUUUGGAUCAUCUGAUCAGGUUCACACAGUGUUUUCUGUAGCCAACGUCCAUAUUGAUCUUGAUCGAGGUGAAAAUGAAUCAGACGUUGUCCUUGUUCCCAUACUUGACAUCAAUCGACCUCUUUUUCAUAUUGAUCUUGAUGAGGCAUAUGAAUCUGCCAUGUCUACACUACAUCAUCAAGACACAUUUUAUAUACCGUGUGAUGGUGACAUGUAA